GUUGGGAAGAAUACACACAUAUUCCUGCAAAUGCUACAUCAGGCAUUGAAAGUCUAGCGAAGGAAAUUGCAAACUCUAAUGCACCUAAAAGUUAUUUUCUUGGAAUACUUGGUAUGCCUGGAAUGUCUGCUUAUGUUGGCCUCAAUAAAAUUGGUAAACCGAAAAAAGGUGAAACUAUUUUUAUUACAGCUGCAUCAGGAGCAGUUGGGCAAGUAGUAGGUCAAAUUGCAAAGAUUAAAGGAUUACGCGUAAUUGGCUCCGCCGGUGAUGAUUCUAAAAUUAAAUAUCUUGAGGAAGAAUUGAAUUUUGAUGGUGCAUUUAAUUAUAAAACUUGUAAUACUGACGAGAAAUUGAGAGAAUUAUGUCCAAAUGGGAUUGACAUUUAUUUCGAUAAUGUUGGUGGCGAAACUCUUGAAACAGUUCUCAAUCAUCUAAACAUUUUUGGCCGUGUAGUGGCAUGCGGAAUGAUCUCUCAAUAUAAUACCAAGACUCCUUAUGGCAUUAAAAAUUUAAUGCAGGUAGUUGGAAAACGCCUUUUAAUUCAAGGAUUUAUCGUAAGUGAUCAUUACCAAGAAAUGAGUGAAUCUUUCCAAAAAGAAAUGGGUGAAUGGUUAAAACAAGGUAAAUUAAAAUAUAAGGAAGAUAUAGUUGAAGGAAUCCAAAAUGCUCCGGAAGCAUUUGUAAAUAUGUUAACUGGUAAAAAUUUUGGAAAGAUGGUCAUUAAGAUUUGUUAA